UUUGUUUUACAUAAAAUUUUGUGUUUUACGUAGACUUAAGUAAAUAAAAUGGGCGGUUGCAGUGCAAUAAAUUGUAAAAAUAGGAGUGAAGCCGGGUAUCAAACGUUUCGCUUUUCAAAAGAAGGCGAAAGAAGAAAGAAAUGGCUUAUAAACUGUCGGCGUAACAAAUGGAUACCUUCCUCAAAUUCAAGAUUAUGCGAGAUUCACUUUGAAAGCUUUCAAUUUGAACAGAAUAGGCAAGAUGGGAUAAAAAAAUUAAAACCGAAUGCUAUACCAAUAUUAUUUAAUGUACCAAAUCCGCCAAAAAUGAUUAACAAUAUAAAACAAAAAAGGAGUGCCGAUCCUAUUUGCAUGAAAUUUCCUUUGAUACUACAAUACAAUUCAAGUAUUUCUUGCUCUGACGAAAAUGGUGCUCACUCCAAUUCUAUUUCUACAAAUAAUUCAAAUGGUCCUAAUAUCUCAAAAAAUUACGGAAUAAAGUAUAAAUCAAGAUCCACUCUUCUUGAAGUGAGUAGUUCAUCAAAUUCAUAUACUAUUGGAGUACCUGAAAAAGAAAAUGUUAAAGCAUCAGUUAAGCCACAGUUCAACUGUAAUUGCAAUAUGUUUCAGCAAGAAAAUAUGCAAUUAAAACAGGAACUAAAUAAGGCCAAAGAAAUUUAAAAAAUAUGUUUCUCUGAAGAACAAGUUAAAGCACUGCAAAGCGGUACAAAAAUAAAAUGGAGUAAUGAGGCUAUAUCACAAGCUUUAAGAAUGCAUUUUGCUCUCGGACUUCAUGGAUAUAAUUAUUUAAGAUUAAAUUGCAAAUAUCCACUUCCUCAUUAUUUUACUGUGACGCGAAGAAUUGCAAAUAUUAAGAUCGACUUCGGAAUUUUUUAUGAUUUGUUAGAUCCUUUGAAAUCUAAAAUUGAUGGGUUACAUCCUAAUGCUAAAGAUUGUAUAGUUUCAAUAGACGAACUAAAAAUAAGUGGAAAAUUAAGUUAUGACAAAUGUGAAAAAAAAAUGUACGGUAAAAUCACAUUACCUUCAACUGCAA